AUGACUGGGGCUGGGGAGUAGAAGCUGUCCGUGGGCUUGGAGGACACUGUCCCUGCCAGGGUACAGCCAUCACCUGACUCCCUGAGACUUGUGAAUAGCUUCAGGAAGCCUCAGAGUCUAGCUGGACGGCUGAGAGAAGCCAUGUCUGCUGCACCAGGCAGGCCAAUGAUUCAGCCGGAGCCCUCCCUGGGGUCAGGAAGCCAGAGCCGAUGGCUUGGUCUCUUGCUUCUGCUCCUGUCUCUCUUUGGGAUCACCCGGACAGAGGUGCAGCCACCCCAGCUGCCAAAACAAGCUCCCACUCUGCAAGCCCUGAGCAGGAAAGAGAGUUUCUUAAUCCUCACAGCGCACAACCGCCUGCGCAGCCAGGUCCACCCUCCAGCAGCCAACAUGCAGAGAAUGGACUGGAGCGAGAGCCUGGCUCAGCUAGCUCAAGCCAGGGCAGCCCUUUGUGGCACCUCAGCCACCCCAAACCUGGCGUCUACCCCACAGCACACCCCACAUGUGGGCUGGAAUGUGCAGCUAUUGCCCGUGGGCUCAGCAUCCUUUGUUGAUGUGGUCAACCUCUGGUUUGCUGAAGGGCUGCAGUACAGACAUGGGGACGCUGAGUGUGCCCCCAAUGCCACCUGUGCCCACUACACACAGCUUGUGUGGGCCACCUCCAGCCAGCUGGGUUGUGGGCGGCAGCCAUGCAUUGUGGACCAGGCAGCGAUGGAAGCCUUUGUCUGUGCCUACUCCCCUGGAGGCAACUGGGAUGUCAACGGAAAGACAAUCUCUCCUUAUAAGAAAGGCAGCUGGUGUUCUCUCUGCACAGCCAGUGUCUCAGGCUGCUUCAAGGCCUGGGAUCAUGCAGGGGGGCUCUGUGAGGUCCCCAGGAACCCGUGUCGCGUGAGCUGCCGAAAUCUCGGACAUCUCAACAUUACCACCUGUCGCUGUCACUGUCCCCCUGGCUACACAGGGAGGUACUGCCAAGUGCGCUGUAGUGUACAGUGUGUGCACGGCCGAUUCCGGAAAGAAGAAUGUUCCUGUAUCUGUGAUGUCGGCUAUGGAGGAGCCCAGUGUGCCACCAAGGUGCGCUUUCCUUUUCACACCUGUGACCUGCGGAUUGAUGGAGACUGCUUCAUGGUGUCUCCCGAGGCAGACACCUAUUAUGGAGCCAAGAUGAAAUGUCAGGGAAAAGGUGGGGUGCUAGCCCAGAUUGAGAGCCAGAAAGUGCAAGACAUCCUUGCCUUCUACCUGGGCCGCCUGGAGACCACCAACGAGGUGACUGACAGUGACUUUGAAACCAGGAAUUUCUGGAUCGGGCUCACCUACAAGGCAGCUAAGGACUCCUUCCGCUGGACAACUGGAGAACAUUCAUCCUUCACCAGUUUUGCCUUUGGGCAGCCUGACAAUCAGGGGUUUGGGAACUGUGUGGAAAUGCAGGCAUCCACUGCCUUCAACUGGAACGACCAACGUUGUAAAACUCGAAACCGUUAUAUCUGUCAGUUUGCUCAGAAGCACUAUUCUCAGUGGGAGCCAGGGUCCUGAGCCUGGCCAAGCAGCUCUUCUGCCAGCCCCUGAAUGCACAAAUCAGUUUGCUUGACUGCUCACCUGUGGGAAAUAAGUGCCUGGCUGGGACUGAAUGCCCAACCUCCCAAGAGGUCUCAGACCUUGCACAAUGCUGGAUGCUGGGUAGGAGAGUAGUGUAGCCCCUGGGAAAUAAAUAGAGAGUCUUAAAGGAGCCUAGCAUGGGAAAAGAAGCGCCAGGAUCCUCAGCCUGCUUUUGAUGGGAAAGAUGGGCUUUCAUGGGCUCCUAAAGCAAAGGCCAGAGCCAGUGGUCAGAAGAAGCUGUUCUGCUCCAUCCAGACCAAACUCCCUUGAGCAGCUGGAGUUUUCCAGACUCGUGGCUUUAUAGAGGAUUAAAUGAUGUUAUGAAUCA